GAAAGAAGUGAGUGCGUAGCCCUGACUGAGCUUCCGGCGCUUGAUGCUCAUCUAUUAUAAAUGCGGCCUCAUUCUCUGACCCCAUUCUUUCUGUGUCUCUGAUUUCUGAGAGACUGAAUUAUUAGCUUCUCAUUACCCCUUACUCUCGAUUCAUAUGGCCUCUGCAAUGAGCAUGUCCUUACCAUAUGUCAAUGGAGCCAGCCGUGGCUCGAAGUACCCAAACAGGACCAUUGCUGACUGGGGAAGUCCAUUGCCGACACGGAAGCUCUCUCCUCAUGACGAUGUUCACUUUGAUCCUGCGUUGGAACCUCGUGCGCAUCACAUGGUGGAGACACCGUCUACCUCCAAGAUAUUGUUCCUCAACGUCCAAAUUAUAGAUUCUACCGGAGCCGAACCGUACCACGGCGAUGUCUACGUGCAAGGAGAGCGGAUUCGCUAUGUUGGAAAUGUGCCAAACGUCGAGACGCUACGCAACGAUCCUACGGUUCGAGUGAUCCAGGGCAACGGUAGAACCCUCAUAUCCGGUCUAGGCGAUGCACACACUCAUUUCACGUGGAAUGGGACGGCUCUCGAUAACCUUGGCGCGAUUGGGGUGGAAGAACAUACCAUCAGCACUGCUCGGUCUGCGAUGAUUUAUCUGGAUUCGGGAUAUACCAUGUGCUACGGUGCAGCUUCAGCGAAGGAUCGCCUCGAUUGCGUUGUCCGCGAUGCGAUCAACCACGGGAGCAUCCCUGGUCCGCGUUACCUCGCAAAUGGGAAAGAGAUUGCCCGUCGAGGGAAAGAGCUCACCACGGGGAUUACUACAUUUGCUGAUGGACCUCUCGAGAUGCGGGAGGUUAUCCGACAUCACGCUUCUCUGGGAGUGGACCAGAUCAAGCUGAGCAUGUCAGGCGAAGAGAUCCUGGAGGAUCGUGCCGCGGAAGACAGCUACUUCAGUGAAACGGAAACAGCAGCAUGUGUGGACGAAGCACAUCGUCUUGGCUUACGGGUCUGUUCCCAUGCCCGAGCUCGUGAUUCCGUCGCUCAAUGUGUGCGACAUGGUGUCGAUGUCAUCUACCAUGCCAGCUACAUUGACGAAGCCACCAUGGAUGAGUUGGAGAAGAAUAAGCAUCGUCAUGUUGUUGCUCCGGCCUUGAACUGGCUAUACGCAACUACAUAUGAUGCAGGUCCAUUUGGCUAUUCCUUUGAUAAGGCUGAGCAAGAUGGGUACAAGAAAGAGCUCGACAUUGCCAUCAAGGCUUGCAAGGAAAUGCACCAAAGAGGAAUCACCGUCUUGCCAGGCGGUGAUUACGGCUUUGCUUGGACACCCCAUGGCACAUACUCCAGGGACCUGGAACAUUUCGUCAAGAUGCUAGACUUCACUCCCAUGGAGGCAAUAAUCUCGGCCACCGCUGGAGUUGCCAGACUAUUCAUGCAGGACCAGGAACUUGGCAAAGUCCAGCCUGGCUACUAUGCGGACAUGAUCUUGGUAGACGGGGAUCCUCUGAAGGAUAUCUCCGUUCUCCAAGAUCAUGAAAAGCUCAAUGUCAUUAUGAUCAAUGGCAGGAUCCACAAGGCAUCGCCCAGGGACUUUGAGCUCUCAAGACCUGCCCAGAUCGAGGAGCCCAUAUGGCAACCCAGCAACAAGUUCAGCAACUAUGUAUGCUAUCUUGAUGAUCAGCAAAAGUCUCAUGUCGGUCAUCUUGAUCUGGAAAAUUCCAUGGUUACUCCGUUGGCAAUGCUCUCUGGCGCACCAGUCGGUUCACUUUACCAAGUGAUUGAACUGGAGAACGCAGUCGUCCCAUGCGGUGACCCUGUUCCUCUCGCUGGGCUCACCAUCCAGGCACCGCUGAACGACCGUGAUAUUCUGGCCGUGGGCAAGAACUAUGUUGACCAUGCCGUUGAGUUCAACCGGAGUGGAUUCGACUCGAGUGAUAAGAUCGACCAACCAACUCAUCCGGUUAUUUUCACCAAGAGGUCCACGAGCAUUGUUGCCUGCGGUAAUGAGAUUUAUCCUCAUACGGAGUUCACGGGAACCUUGGACUAUGAGGGUGAGAUAGGUGUUAUUAUUGGGAAGUCUGGGUUCCGGAUUGACGAAGGGAAUGCCAUGGACUAUGUAUGGGGUUAUACCAUUAUCAACGAUAUGACGGCUCGUGAACGACAGAGAGACCACAAGCAGUUCUACCUUGGGAAAUCAGCAGACACAUUCUGCCCGAUGGGUCCGAUUGCUGUCCCGGCUGGUCAGCUCCCGAAGAAGCUACGCGUGCAGACAUUUGUAAACGGGGAGAAACGCCAGGAUGCUACCACAGAUGAUCUCAUCUUCUCUGCUGCGAAGCUGAUCUCUGUUAUUUCCGAGGGUGGGACGAUCAGGCCCGGAGAUGUCAUCGCUACCGGCACUCCUGCCGGUGUUGGUAUUGGCAAGAACCCGGCCAAGUUUCUCAAGCCGGGGGACAAGGUUGAGGUAUCUGUCACCGGGCUCGGUUCUCUUGAAAACCGCAUUGCGAAUCCGUCAUCAGAGAACGCUGUUGCUAAGCGUGUUCCUCUUGAAAGUCACUUGGCCAAUCUCAACAUUGAACGCACAGUUGGUGGUUCCGGACUGAUGUGUCUUGAUGGGAAACAAAUGAACGUCCGUAAAAUUGGAACAGGGCCGGAUAUCGCUGUGUUCGUCCACGGACUCGGUGCUUCAAGUGAAUAUUACACGCCAAUCAUUAAAAGCGGAGGCUUCGAAGAUCAUUACACAAGUUAUGUUUAUGAUCUUGAGGGUCAUGGACUUUCGGCGACCAAUGUUGCGUCAAUCGUCAACAUCGAGAGCUUUGCCGACGAUCUUGCCAAUGUGGUUGCAUUGACCGGAGCCAGUUCAAUCACUCUGUUCGCUCAUUCACUGGGCUGCCUCAUCGCCAUGGCUUUUACUCUUCGCGACACCAGCAAAGUCAAGAAGAUUGUUCUUAUGGGACCACCGCCAUGUCCUCUCCCCGAAGCUGGCAAGGUCGCGAUGAGCAAGCGUGCCGCUGCCGUUCGUGCAAUGGGUAUGAUGGCCUCUGGAACAGCGGACGCCGUCAGCGAAGCCGGAACAUCCAAUGCCACAAAGGUGUACCAACCUGUUGCAUAUGCCGCGGUUCGUGCGUCGCUUCUUUCCACCAAUCCCGAGGGAUACGCAAAGGCGUGCACGGCAAUCGCGACAGCGUCCCCAAUGGCGGUUGAGAAGUUGACAAUGCCGGUUCUCCUGAUGACCGGCGAUGAAGACAAGACCUCCCCUGUGAAUGUUGUGACGGACCUCCACGAACGUCUUCCCGAUUCCCGCAUGGAGGUUCUGCGAUGCACUGGCCAUUGGCAGGCGUAUGAGAAUAUUGAGGGGGUUUCGCGUCUGAUACGGUAUUUCGCUUGACUAGGUAAACAGGAUGAUGAAGGUUUGGAAGAGCAAAGACACAGCGUGUCACUGAAAUUGAAUGAAUCCACCUCCAGAAGCAGCACGGGGUUUCUGGUCAGGUUUCUAGCUGCACUCGUCCUCAUUGUCCUUGUCGUCCUGACCACUCUUUUCGUCGAGGGACUGGGGGUUCAAGAGCUGCGUGAGCCUGUACGCCAUAUUCGCCAUUUUUAUACCGUCAUGAUUCGAUGGAUCGAGUUGUUCCUUGAUAAGUAUUAUAUACCAAUAUAACUAGUUACAUAGUUGGCCAUAACCAAUUCAAGUUCGCCUUC